UGUUGGUAACCUAAAUACGAAGAAAUAUACUUGCAUCAAAAUUUGAUUGUGCCGAAAACGGUUCUAUAAAAGCAACUCGUUCUUCUGAACUUAUGUUUACUUUCUCGCAUACGCUUCAUCAGAGACAUUCUACGAAAACAAUAAUCAAAAAAUGAAGUUCCUGUGGCUGCUGAGUUUCCUGCUGGUUCUCGUUGGAGUCCUGGCCCACAGUCCAGCUUGUCCAACUGGAUUCAGCCGCCAGGCAAACAACUGUGUCGCCAAACGACCGAUUCGCGGAGAGUGUCCUAAAGGAUCAAAAUACAACGCUGGGUUGAACUUGUGUGUGCACCACUGAGAGCAAGCUACUGUUGAUGUCUCGAAUUUAAUUGAACACCGUUAAAAUUUUUCUCUGAAUCCUUGAAUUAUUUGUAUUUUUCGUAAAUAUAUAUUGUAUUGUAUUUUCGUGUUGCAUCACUGAA